AUGCUAAUAGACGCAAUUCAUGGUGCUAAGAUGAGCACAAAACUUUUAGUAUCACUAAAGGUACUAGUAAUUCAACUCAAUCCGCAAAUUGGGCAAGUAGAUCAAACAAUUAAGAGAACAUGGUCAAUAUUGGAUAAAGUUACGAAAAGUGCCACCUAUGUGAAACCAGACAUAAUACUAUUCCCCGAAUUUGCAUUGACAGGUUACAGUUUUCAUGCCAGAAAAGAUAUUUUACCUUAUGUUACUAAGAAAGAUGAAGGGCCCUCUUUUGAACUGGCUAAAUCAAUAUCCGAGAAAUUUCAAUGCUACACUAUAAUAGGAUAUCCUGAAGAUGAUGAUGAACAGAAGCUAUACAAUUCUGCCCUGGUAGUAAAUCCGCAGGGGGAGCAGAUCUUUAAUUACAGAAAGACUUUUCUCUAUGAUACAGAAAUGAAUUGGGAUUGCGAGGAGAAUCCAGAGGGAUUUCAGACGUUUCCCAUGGAUUUUUCAAAGUGUGCUAAGCUUUCUAAUGAGGACUCUUACAACAGAGAUGUGACUUUGAAAGCAUCAAUAGGUAUUUGUAUGGACUUAAGUCCCUACAAAUUCAUGGCCCCCUUUAAUCACUUUGAAUUCUCUUCUUUUUGCGUUGACAAUAAUGUUGAAUUGAUUCUAUGUCCAAUGGCGUGGUUAAACUCUACUUCUAUCACAGACAAACAGACGUUACAUAACAAUUCAUUAUUAGAAGCCGCUAAGAACAAAAUAGCUUUCGCUUUAAAGGAGCAAGGGUUGCCUUUGGCAGGAUCUCAAGGAAUUUACCAGCUUAAAAUUGGUGAUUCGCAACGUACGCCCAGAGUGCCUUCUGACGACAGUACAAGUGAAUAUAAGGAUAUGGAUGAACCAGAUAUGUCAAACGUAAACUACUGGAUUCUACGAUUUUUUCCUUUUUUGUACUUUAAAUCCAGAAUUAAUUGGUUUAAAAAUUCAUCUCUUAUCGAAAGCAUUUUGGGCAAAACUAGAAUGCCCCUAGAUCAUGAAUAUUAUAAAGAUGGAAAGCACAAGGAGGACACAAUAGACUUAUUGGAUUCUGAGGAAGUGAUAAAGGAUACAGUACUGGAAAAGACAUUUUUGGGAACCUCCCUUGGACAGCCUUGGAAGUUCCAAGGAAAGAAUGCGAUUUUGGUGCUAGCUAACAGAUGUGGUACUGAAGAUGGUACCACGAUUUUUGCAGGAAGUUCUGGCAUUUAUAAAUUUAACGGUAAAAAACCUAAAGGUUCACAGGAUGAUGAUGAGAGUUCGCUUGAUUCUCUCAAUGAAAGCGUAGAGUUGCUGGGUAAUUUGGGCAAGGGUCUAGAAGGCGCUAUAUUGCGUGAGGUCCAAUUUGAAGUGUUUAGGUGA